ACCUCCUCUCCUUCGGUCCUCCCAUUUUUUUCUGUCUCCUGCAAGCUGCUUUGGCUUUUCUAAAUCACUCACAGACGUAUUAUUCGGCUUUACUGAAACCACUCUCGUUUAGACGAUUUGGUGCUGGUGAUAAGUUACAAGUGAUAUCAUUUUAUCGGUGAAAAUAAAACCAAAAGUGGAUUUGUUGACAAUUCAUCGACGUUUGCAACAAAGUAGCCGCUCGCGCAGAGGAGUUGUCAAAUGUAACUUUUUCCGUGAGUUUUUUUCAAGAGGGAACGAGAGCUGCACGCUCCAGACGCACGUUUCGUUGCAAAAUAAGUUUUUAGAGAAAAAUAAUAUUCUCACUGUACAAUUGCCCCAAAAUAUAAAUAAUAACAGUGAUUAUCCGGCGGCACUCAAACGGAUUAAUAGCGUCUCCGGGGAUGGAGUAAUCCCGUUAACUCCAUAGCAAGAGCAAAACUGUUUGUAUAGCGGAGCGGGCUCUUCCCGUCACCGUGCCCGGGCAGUUUGAGCUGGAUAUCCCACCACAGCACUAUGGGCUGCGGAUUGAGGAAACUGGAAGACCCGGAGGACAGCAGCCCCGGGAAGAUCUACUCCACUCUGAAGAGACCACAAGUAGAGAUCAAAACCGACACCGUUUACGAGUAUGUGCUACUGGAUUUCAGUUUGGAAGGUAGUCGCCCCACGGUGCAGUAUGUGUCCUCUCUGUGUGAGCUGUCCCAGGCCCUGCAGCCCUACUACACCCAGGGCUAUGUCCUCACCACUCUGCAUCCCAUUAUUCUCUCUGUUGGACGCACGCGUUCCCUGCCCUUCAGCCUGCUCUACCGAGCCAUCCUGGCCCGCCCACGACCCAGUAAGCAGGUGGUGUCCAUGUGUCACAGUGUCCCUGUGCUGAGGGUGGAGGAGUGGCCUAUCCCAGGGGAGUCCCUGACAGACGACACUGUUAGAGCACUGAUCGACAGGGUGAACAGUAGUGCCCGGGGCGGAGUGAGGUUUGUGGGCUCAGUGCUCCAGCAGGCUGGAGGAGGGGGCAGUAACGGCAGGGUGCCUAGCCCCAGGAGAGGCUAUCGAUCCCCCCCACACACUCCUCCAUGUACCCCACCUGGAGAAGGAGAACUGGAGGAUCACAGCCCUACCUACAGCCCUGACCUAAGGUUGCUGGUGUUCUUCCACUCAUGGGCACCAGGCUGUGCUCCACUGGAAGCUCUGGCAUGUCAGUACCACCAAGGGGCACUGUCCAUGCGUGUGUCCAGGAAGGGUCAGGUGGUCAGCGCGCUGGAGGCCGAUUGGCUGGAGCUGACCGCAGCCUACUACCGCAAAGGCUGGUCAUUGGUAGACUCGUUUGUGUACUGGGACACACCCAAAGGGUUCUGAUGUGAAGACAGAUUACGGGCCACUCCUUCACACACUGGCUGAGUUCGGCUGGCUGCUCACCUGUGUCCUGCCCACACCUAUCAUCCGCCAUGACAGUGAUGGUAAUCUGGCCACCAAGCAGGUGGUGUUCCUACAGAGACCAGUCAAGACGUCUUCAGUACCACAGGGGAACCAGGUGGGGUCCAUGCAGAGGGACGUGGCCACUCAUUCUGUGAGUCGUGGUGUGGGCAGCCCCCGAACACGCCCCACUGAGGAGCUGUCCCCCACCGCGGGGGGUAUCGGGGGGUUCCCCGUCUUCGGCGGGGGGUACCCCAGCGCCCUGUCCCACCUGGAGGAGGGAGGCUUUGAGCAGGACGACGGGGCGGCAGAGGUCACGUGCAUGUGAACCCUGAGAUUAACACACAGAUAAUAUACGCCCCCAUCUAUCCCUCUAAUCUCUUCCCUAACCAAGAAGAUCAUAUAUUAGAAAGCAAAACUUGGCACUUUUUAAUGUAUUUUAUUAUGAAGCCAUACGCACCAUUUUGAGAUGGUGUUAUUUCCUUUUUUUAAACAUUUUGUUGGGAAAAUCAAGCAGUCUGCGUUCACUGACAUUGAGACACUUUUACUCAUACCCACAUUCUUCCACACACACUUAUUAGUCCUGAUUAAAAAAGAUCACAUUGUUCACGCUGCACCUUUUCAUGUGAUGAGAACACAGACACACACAUUCACACAUAACUGUCACCAGCACAAAGCAGGAAGCACAGGACACACCAGGAAGAACCUCUCUGUGCACAGACAGACCUCUGGACUAAACUCCCUGUGACCCACAACACACCUGUUGGACAGAUGUGUCCCAAUGUUUUUGUUCUUCAGUCCCUGCUCACAUGUUUCAGACAUUGUUCCUGUUUUGGGAAACCACCUCACCCGCUCAUCCACCCUCCCCUUUAGAACUGCCAACACCUCUAUUCAAUCCAAUUCAAUACAACUCUCUCAUUCUGACGUGACAUCACGUCUGCUCAGGCUCAAGGUGACACGGUUCAGAGAAACAGCCUAUCUACAUCCUGCCACCAGCUCUUCUCCCUCCUCUCCUUUCCCAUAAACACACCCAGCAGGAUGUAAACAUUUAUCAGGUGGACAAAUAGACACGUUCGCUGUGUUGGCGGUACUGACAAUAUCCAGGUCAGACUUGUCUAUGGGCCUGGCGGUGAGUACAGCCAUAUUACAAACAGCCCUCUCUCUUUCUGUGAUGGUUGUGUUUAACUCGGUGUUUGAGUUCAGGCCUGGAGAAGCUUGUUUGUACAUUCAUUUCUUGGGUGAGUUCAGAUGUGUUUUUAUAUAUAUACACACACACACACACACACACACACACACACACACACACACACACACACAGAGAGAGAGAGAGAGAGGACUGCCAAGCCACAGGGGUGCCUGAGUAAGUAGGAACGGUUGGAUAAUAUUUCAAACCUUUUUUGAGAUGUACACAUACAGUACAUUAGAGCCAUUGUAUUCAGAGUCUGAUUGGUGCUAAACAUCUAUUUUUCACUAAUCUGUUCAUGAUGUCAUCAUUAGUGUAUAUUUCUUAAGUGUUUUAUAACAAUUUUACCAGUUGGCAUCGGAUCAGUAGCUAUUCUGUUCCUGCACCUAUUCUGUCAUUGGAAAUAGCUGGUAGUUGUUUCAUCAUAGCCACAUGGUACUGGUUAUCAGGCCUCAAUUGUUUCAUUCUGCUCAGUGAUGAUGUAGAUUCCUCUCCUCAGAUCUUGAGACAAAAGCCCUAGUUUCUUCAGGAGAUAGUGACAGUUGACUCUUUUAAAUGUUUGAUCAUGUGAAGGGCUUGUUGUAUAAGAAAACAACACCAUGCUACUGUACAUAUCGUAAUUGUUAACAGGAAGUAUUACUAGAGAUGCACAGAAUACACGUUUUUAAAUGAGCUCCCUUUUUUGGGGUUGGCGAAACAAAUCAGUAUUAUCUACCUGUUGCAGUGUUUUCAUUUUGGAGAAAUUGUAAUUUGUUGUCAUUGGUGUUUUAUCUAAUUAAAAAGUGAAUUUCCCUUUCUUGUU